CUCGUGCGGGGCCGUUGGAGCCUCUCCCGGAGCCGGAGAAGUUUGUCUCCCGGCUCUGGGCAUGCGCAGAUCUGGGGUGGGGGCAGUCACGCAUGCGCAGAGGCAACGCUCACCCGCUGCGGAGCUGCAACCUCCAGUUUGUUCCAGAAUCCUGGCUCCAAGCACUGCCCGGCAGUCCCCAGCCACAUGCCCGGUCACUGUGAUGACUUUCUAUCCACUUAUCAAACACUGUGAGGCAGGCUGCAGAAUGACGUCCAUGUUUCGCUCCAGCUCAUCCUGUCCUCCCAUGGGAUAGGGAAGAGAAAUGGCUGCAGUGGAACCAGCCCAGAGACCGGUGACCUUCGAGGAGGUGGCUGUGUAGAAGAGUGGGCUCUGCUGGACCUGCUUAGGAGCCCUCUACGGACAAGUCAUGCAGAAGGACUAUGAGAGCGUGACCUCGCUGGCAGGUGAUGCAAUGAUAUGUGAGAAAGAGGAGCAGAAUUCUCAGCAGGAAAAUGUUGAGCAAGUGGAUAAACACAGAGCAUUAUUGCAAAGAUUGGAAGAGAAUGUGUCCAGGAGUCAUGAGCAGGGACAAUCCUAUGAGAUUCAGUGCAGACCAGAAAGAGAGCAGGGAAACCAGCCAGGGGAGAAAGUGGGUAAAUGUAUUUCCUGUCGAGGAACUCGGAAAGACCUCAAGGAAACCACAACACAGCAGGAAAUCCUCAUGGGAAAGAGAAAAAAUCCAUGCACUGAGUGUGGAAAAAACAUAUGUGACUACUCAGCCCUUAUAAAGCAUCAGAGAAUCCACCCAGGAGAGAGGCCAUAUGAAUGCAGUGAGUGUGGGAAAAACUUUACUCGCAGAUCACACCUUAUUACCCAUCAGAGAAUCCACACCGGGGAAAGGCCCUAUAAAUGCAGUGAGUGUGGGAAAAGCUUCACUACCAGCUCAGCCCUUUCUGAACAUCAGAGAAUCCACACAGGGGAGAGACCCUAUGAAUGCAGUGUAUGUGGGAAAACCUUCACUCGCAGCUCGCACCUUACUAGGCAUCAGAGAAUCCACACAGGGGAGAGCCCCUAUGAAUGCCGUGAGUGUGGGAAAAGCUUCAGUACCAGCUCAGCCCUUUCUGAACAUCAGAGAAUCCAUACAGGGGAGAGGGCCUAUGAAUGCAGUGAGUGUGGGAAAAACUUUACUCACAGAUCAGGCCUUUUUCUACAUCAAAGCAUCCACACAGGGGAGAGGCCCUAUGAAUGCUGUGAGUGUGGGCAAACUUUCAGUCGCAGUUCACACCUUAGUACGCAUCAGAGAAUCCACACAGGAGAGAGGCCCUAUGAAUGCCGUGAGUGUGGGAAAAGAUUCACUACCAGCUCAGCUCUUUCUGAACAUCUGAGAAUCCACACAGGGGAGAGGCCCUAUGAAUGCCAUGAGUGCAGGAAAAGCUUCACUGUCAGCUCAUCCCUUUCUGAACAUCAGAGAAUCCACACAGGGGAGAAGCCCUAUGAAUGCAGUGAGUGUGGGAAAACCUUCAGUCGCAGCUCGUACCUUUUUCAACAUCAGAGAAUCCACACUGGUGAGAGGCCUUAUAAAUGCACUGAGUGUGGGAAAAAAUUCACUACCAGCUCAGCUCUUUCUGAUCAUCAGAAAAUCCACACCAGUGUGAGACCCUAUAAAUGUACUGAGUGUGGGAAAACCUUCAAUCACAGAUCAACCCUUAUUAGACAUCAGAGAAUCCACACAGGGGAAAGGCCCUAUGAAUGCAGUGAGUGUGGGAAAACCUUCAUAAACAGUUCGAACCUUAUUAGGCAUCAGAGAAUCCACACAGGAGAGAGGCCCUAUCAAUGCAGUGAGUGUGGGAAACACUUCACUACCAACUCAGCCCUUUUUCAACAUCAGAGAAACCACACAGGCGAGAGGACCUAUAAAUGCAGUGAGUGUGGGGAAAGCUUCACUACCAGCUCAGCCCUUUCUGAACAUCAGAGAAUCCACACAGGGGAGAGGCCCUAUGAAUGCAGUGAGCAUGAGAAUACCUUCUCUUGGCACUCAGCCCAUGUUAGGCAUCAGAGAAUCUGCAAGGGAGAUCAACACCAUAAAAACCUCUAGGGCUAUCCAUACUUUUUUCUUUAAUACUUUUCCUGAUUCCCACAUACUAACUUUUAAAGCUGUUUGAACUGUUUGCUGCACAGUUAUCCCUCAGCUUGUCCAGAUGAGUGGUGCAUUUUUGCCUUUUGCCAUUCACCCUGUUUUGAAGUUGACCUAUUUUUCCUUUCUGUCAACUCCAUUGUCCCAUGACUAUUUCAAGUGUGCCCUUCCUAUCCGGAACAAGGGAGCAUCACAUUUAUACCAUUCCUUCUAUUGCAAAGUUAUUGUUAAAGUCACCAAUGAUACAGAUUGUAUCAUUUCCAGUUGUUCUCACGUUGCUCUGGGUUGUGCUGAAGAGCAGUUAUAUUGUGAACUUUUCAAAUUAUAUUUAAAUGAAGAGGAGCGGGGCAGGGGGAAAAGGGGUCAUUUUGGCCUCUGGGACACUGGAAGGGGAUGGGAUGACUCAGAGAUUACCUCCUUCCCCAUCACUGCAGAACUGAUACCUUUUGUCUGCGCCAUACACAGUUUAUCUUCAUUACAUUCUACCCAUCCACUUCUCAAAGUGUCAUGUGAGGAACAGUUUUCAGCUGUUUGUGCUUGGAGAUGUUGUUUUGACUUCUUUAAUCCUAAAUCAGAGUCAUUGUGACUGGAGAUGAAAGUGUGAAAGACCUGGAAAGGGAAUUCAAAUGGAUCCCAAACACAGUGUGAUCAUUUGGAGUUAAAAUCGCAGGUUCUAUCUGUUGGUAAAGCCACUUCUGGCAAGGUGGCUGUCACCUCACUCCCCACCCCCAUUAUUUGGAUGCUAGGAUAGUAUAAAUGUUGCAAAUAACAUAACUGCUCUGGAAUUUGACUUGACACUUUCAUUGUCAUGUAUUCUAUCUCUCUGUGUUGUGGAUUUCUAUCUUUCCUGAAGGCUGUUUCGUCACCCAAUUGGAUAUUAGUUCUGUUUGAUAGAAUGUAGCUCAAAUUUAUUGGAGAAUUUAAGAGAAAUGACCAUUUACUAAACUCAUCAUUUCUCACUUCAGCUUUGCUUUUCCCCCAUCCCUCCAUGAUGACAUGGGGAAAGUUCAAGUGCAGUGCUGUCAACGGAGAGAACUCUCCAAUUUACUGGACAUGCUAACAAAGAAACAGCAGUGAUUUAAAAUCUCCACUCGGAAAUGGUGAACAACAGCAGAACCCCAGCUAAUUGGAGGAAGUGCUUAUGAUCACAGAGUAGUUCAAUUGUUGAAGUCAAUAUUGUCUCAGAUUAUCCAGGGAGAGAAUUCCACAUUAGGUGAUUUUGAAGUGGGCAAAAUGCACAUGUAUUUGGUUCCUAAAGCAUGUGUAACCCAUGCCCUAGAGAAGACUUCUCCUAGUUAACCCUAUAUUAUGGGAGAUGCUGCCCUUCACGACACAGAUGUUGAGGAAAUAGAAGUGCGGGUUUAGUUGAAUUUAUCCUGUGUAGGUGCUAAAAAUGUGCAUAAAAUGAAAUCAGUGUUGUAAGUCUAAUAGUUGCAGAAAAAUAGCUAUUUUCACACCCCUGAGCCAAUGUAGUUAUACCAAUAAAUGUCUUUAGUGUAGACCAGACCAGUUUUCUCUUGUUUUAUGCAUUUACAUCACUUCUCCUCUACCUCCUCCUACUUUGAAAGAUUAAAAAGUGUGCACAUAGAA